UCUGCAGUCUUUGAUAUGAUUGAAUUGUUUUGAUUCUCUGCAGUCAAACACUGCUCACAUUUUGUUGUAGCUGUGAGUUGUUUUCAUAAAUGUCGGAGAAGAUGGAGGAAUUCGAUCAGGAGAAGGUGAUAGAGGAAUUUGAAGAAUUGACAAAAAAUACAGAGAGUGUUCAGAGAGAAACCCUCCAGAAGAUUCUGAAUGAUAAUUGUGAAGCAGAGUACCUAAAGAAUUGGGGUCUCAAUGGAAAAACCGACCCUGAGACUUACAGGUCUUGUGUUCCACUGGUUACACAUAAAGAUUUGGAACCUUACAUUCAGAGAAUUACAGAUGGAGAUGCUUCUUCUAUUCUCACUGGAGAACCAAUUACAACUAUCUCUCUAAGUUCAGGAACUACACAAGGGAAACCCAAGUGUGUCCCCUUCAAUGAAGAAUUGAUGAAUAACACAUUGCAGAUAUAUCGGAUAUCAUUUGCUUUCAGAAAUAGAGAGUUCCCUGUCGUGAAUGGAAAAGCUUUACAGUUCAUCUACAGCAGCAAGCAAUUCAAGACAAAGGGGGGUUUGGCAGCAGGCACUGCUACUACAAAUGUCUUCCGUGGCUCAAAUUUCAAGAAUACAAUGAAAUCAAUCAAAUCACUGUCUUGCAGCCCAGAUGAAGUAGUAUUUGGUCCCGACUUCCACCAAUCCUUGUAUUGCCAUCUCCUAUGUGGGCUCAUCUUCUGUGAUGAGGUUCAGACUGUGUCUUCUACAUUUGCCUACAGCAUAAUCUAUGCAUUCCGGACUUUUGAACGAGUCUGGGAGGAACUCUGUACUGAUAUCCGAGAAGGAGUCGUCAGUAGUCGAGUCACUGUUCUUUCCAUUCGAACGGCAAUGUCGAAACUUCUCAAGCCUAACCCUGAACUGGCGGAUUUGAUUAAUAAGAAAAUUUCUGGUUUGAAUAAUUGGUAUGGCGUAAUACCAGAACUUUUUCCUCAUGUUAAAUACAUAUAUGGAAUAAUGACUGGCUCUAUGGAGCCUUAUUUGAAGAAAUUGAGACAUUAUGCUGGUGGGCUACCACUGUUGAGUGCAGACUACGGGGCUUCUGAAGGAUGGAUUGCUGCAAAUGUGAAUCCAAAUUUGCCUCCUGAGCUGGCCACUUUUGCAGUGGUUCCUGAUAUUGGCUAUUUUGAAUUUAUCCCCAUUCAGGAUAAGUUUGAGGAUCAGGGGUUGGAAAAAACUGCUUCUACCUUCAUUUAUAGAGAAUCAGAUCCGGUUGGUCUCACUGAAGUUAAGAUCGGGAAAGAGUAUGAGAUGAUCGUCACCAAUUUUGCAGGUUUAUAUAGGUAUAGGCUAGGGGAUGUGGUGAAGGUGGUGGGCUUCCACAACUCUACUCCAGAGCUCCAAUUUGUUUGCAGGAGGAAUCUGCUACUCACCAUCAACAUAGACAAGAACACAGAGAAAGACUUACAGCUCUCCGUAGAAGAAGCGGCAAAGCUAUUGUUGGAAGAAAAGCUUGAAGUGGUUGAUUUCACAAGCCAAGUAGAAGUGUCCACAGAGCCUGGUCACUAUGUGAUCUUCUGGGAAAUCAGUGGUGAGGCAAGUGAAGAGGUCCUAAACAAUUGUUGUACUUGCUUAGAUCAGUCUUUUGUGGAUGCUGGCUAUGUUAGUGCUCGUAAGAUCAAUGCAAUAGGAGCACUUGAACUAAGGGUGGUCAUGAGGGGAACAUUCCAGAAAAUUCUAGAUCAUUACUUGGGCCUUGGGUCUGCUGUGAACCAGUUCAAGACCCCAAGAUGUGUGGGAGCUGCAAACACUAGGGUCUUGGAAAUCCUCUCUGAAAGUGUGGUUGGGAGUUACUUAAGUACUGCUUUUUCAUGAAAGGAUCCUAUAUGUAUUUUGUUUAUUUAUUUUGGUC